AAUAUAUUGUAAUUUAUGGAAGACCCUGCUGGACCCCUGAAGGAGGAGGAGCAGAAUCCACUGAGGAGGAGCAGGUCCGGCUAUAAAUCCUCCUCCCUCCUCUUCCUCCUUCCUUCUUCCUCCUGCUGCUCCUUCCUUCUUCUUCUCUGGUUCUUCAGCUCCAUCAUGGGCUUCGGUGACCUGAAAUCAGCCUCCGGACUCAAAGUCCUCAACGACUUCCUGUCGGACCGGAGCUACAUCGAAGGGUUUGUCCCCUCUCAGGCUGACGUGGCGGUCUUUGAGGUCCUCUCGGCCCCGCCCCCAGCAGACCUGUGCCACGCCCUGCGGUGGUACAACCACAUCAAGUCGUACCAGAGCCAGAAGAACAGCCUCCCAGGUGUGAAGAGACCUCUGGGGCAGUACGGCCCUGUGGGAGUGGCCGACGCCACCUCAGGCUCCGCCCCCGCCGCCUCCAAAGACGACGACGAUGACGACAUCGACCUGUUUGGUUCUGACGAGGAGGAAGACACUGAGGCGACCAAGCUGAAGGAGCAGCGCCUGGCCGAGUACGCCGCCAAGAAAGCAAAAAAGCCCGCUCUCAUCGCUAAAUCGUCGCUCCUAUUGGACGUGAAGCCAUGGGACGAUGAGACGGACAUGGCCAAGCUGGAGGAGUGUGUCCGCAGCAUCGAGAUGGACGGGCUGGUCUGGGGACAAUCCAAGCUGGUCCCAGUGGGCUACGGCAUCAAGAAGCUCCAGAUCAGCUGCGUGGUGGAAGACGACAAGGUGGGCACAGACAUCCUGGAGGAGAAGAUCACAGCCUUCGAGGACUUUGUCCAGUCCAUGGAUGUAGCAGCUUUCAAUAAGAUCUGAGUUAAUCAUGUUUAAUAAAAAGCACUUGGCAUAAAACA